AUGUCAUCUACGACCGGAAACAUACGAGUUCCACACGAAGACAUCGAGAUCAUUUCGCAGAGUGAUUUCACUGUCCAAGCGAACCAGUACGAUGACGAAUAUAGCGAGAAGGUACCAGCACGAACCGCGUCAAUGCAUAUCAACAAGGAUACGUUAGCCGCCUCAAGCAGUUACUUCCAGGCGAUGUUCGGAAGGGGAUGGGCAGAGUCGAAGAGCAACGAGAUUGUAUUGAACGGCGACACUGUGAGAAGUAUGGAAAUAUGGUUUCGACACUUUCACUCUACUUUUAAUGCCAUGAAAGUGACCAAUAUCUCAGUCGCUGAUAUAUGGCAUGUCAUACUGGCCAGUGAUAAGUAUGAGUUUGAUCGACAACAGCUCCUUGAGUGGUUCGUCAAAUGGUACCGCAAUGAAACAGCCAUCAACAUACACCAUGAUGAAAAUGCCAGAAAGCUGAUGUUCCCUUGCUAUGCGUUCGACUACGCAGACGGGUUCCAGGCCCUGACAAAGAGCCUCGUGUAUGUGGCGAUCGGCCAUAUUACCGAGAUCAGCCCGAUCGACAACGUGCGGUUGCAUCUCCCGCCAAGAAUAAUCCAACAGUUGAAUGCCGCCAGGAGACGCCUGCGCAACGUCUUGGACCGGGAGUUAUUUGUGCAGAUCGAUUGGUUGAUUGAGCAUGGUUCUUGUAGCAGUAAGGAAGAAACGGUUUUCAAUUACCCCAAGGAGCUAGGCAGAAUCGGUGUUCAGCCACUGGUGGAGCGGUCAUUUUCCCGGGCCAGUGUUGAAUGCUAUCUCAAUCGACUGAGACGGUUCGACCAAGAACGAAUGUUGAGAGGAAUCUCCGGUGAUCGCUGUCUGCAUUGCUGUUUCGAUUGGAAAAAUGGUGUGGAAAGGGCGAUCAAAGUGACAACUGAGUAG